UGUUUCUGUUCUAUGCCUCGGCUUCUGCUUCGGCUUCGUCGUCGGCGUCGGCGUCCCGCCCCCUCGCCGUGUGGCGCGUCCUGACGCUUUUCCACGUCGCAGUGAGCAGCCAGGCUAGCGAGCCGCGUAUGUCUGCGUGUCUCCGGCUAGGCUAGUCGAGGGAGUGAUGGCGGCGCCCGUCCUGAGAGUGUCCACCCCGCGCUGGGAGAGGAUAGCCCGGCUCCUAGUAUGCCUGCUGGGUAUCUUAUUGUCUCUUUAUGCGUUCCACGUCGAGAGGGAAAAGGCCCGGGAUCCGACAUAUAAGGCGUUUUGCGACGUCAGCAGCUCCAUCAGCUGCUCCAAAGUGUUCAGCUCAAGGUGGGGGAAAGGAUUUGGACUCCUUGGCUCCAUUUUUGGAAAUGACAGUGCACUGAAUCAACUAAACAGUGUCUAUGGAAUAGGUUUUUACGCUUUCCAACUCCUACUAGGAAUGACUGUAAGUGCAAUGGCUGCCCUCAUUCUCAUGAUGACAUCCAUUUUGUCGGUGAUGGGCUCACUCUAUUUGGGCUACAUCCUCUACUUUGUCCUGGAGGACUUGUGCAUCAUCUGCAUCACCACGUACGCGCUGAACUUCAUUCUCUUUAUCCUCAACUAUAAGCGACUGGUAUACUUGAAUGAGGCCUGGAAGCACUUCCAGGCCAAGCAGGACUGAAGCUGUCCAAGCACAGUUAGAAAAUGUGACACAAACGAAAACAAGAAAUGUGACUGACUGAACAUUUAACUUGCCACCAGGAGACCUUGCUUCCAAAAAAUGUGUAUUCUGCUGUGUUCACCCCCCAAAAAAUGAAGAAAUUUAACAAUGUUGGGCCUGACAUCUCUCAAUUAUGGAAGGAUUAGGAAGCGAGAGGUAAUAUGACUUUAGUGGUUCUAAAAUGUUUACUUUUCUCAUCACUACAAGAAGAAGGCAAAAGCCUGAGCGGCAGGCUGAGGCGUGCAUUUACAACCCCGCGACUCGCCGGAGGCGUUUUUCCAGUUCUCAAACAAGAAGGAUCUCAAAGGAGACAUGGCGGCCCAUCAAAGUGUAACAGAUGCACUAAAAAAAUUAAGAAGGGUGGAUUCCAAAAUGACCGCAAAGUACACGCUCAAAUGUUGAGUUUUGAAGGGAACAAAACAAUAUGGAGUUAUUAAUUUUUUGUGUCCCUUCAUGUUUACACUUUGUAGUAUGCUUUUUAUUUUCUUCCAGAGGACCACUAAAAAUGAACGUGUGUAGAUGGGUCAGAUAGUUUGUUUUCUGUACAUAGCUGCUGAGCAAUAUUUCCAGUUAGAUUGGUUGACGUGAAUAGGGGAAGCUGAAAUGUGGUUCAGAAAAGGUGAGGAAAGUCACAGUUGCUGUGGCGCCACAGACAAAACGAUAAGGUUCAGGUCUCGGUUUGCAGCAAAGCACCUUCACCUUCUAUUGUUGUGUGUCGGCGACAUAAAAACUAACGUGCCUGAAGCAUCCAUUCGAUUUCUUUCGAAAGCGGGGGCGCAUUUGACCACCACUUUUGCUUGUUUAUUUUUCUGUCAAAGGUCUGAGGCAAUAUUUUUUUUAGGAUCACCGUUUUUGUAAUGUAACAUACCAGUUGAGUGUUUCUUGUACAAGUGUCAUGCAGUGGCUGCUACACUGUGAUGGCUAGCGUCUAUGCCCAUUGAACAAGUAACAAUGAUGCUACGCAGCUGAGUUACAGUUCAUUUGCUGGACAAACUUUUGCCGGGAAUGUUCUUUUUGACACAAAUAACAGAAGCAAAACCAGUCGUUGGAACUCUUCAAAACAGCAAUUUCAAGCCAUCCAAGAGCCAGUUUGUGUUCAGGACUAACAGCAGAAAGCUUCUUAUAGUGCUGAGUCAUACCAAGAGUUAACAGAAUAGGGCGAUGGUCUCAAUUCUUAGUUCUAACUAGACAGAAAAUAAUUUCCCUAUGAAUAACUAGUUGUAAUUUAUUAUGAGAAUGAAGCUGGAGGUUUAGAAUUUUCCUCCAGGUGGCUUCAUACUAAAUUCCAAAAAUGUAAUGUUAGAUUCAUUGAACACUCCACAUUGUUCCUUAGUGUUAAUAAGUUUUACUAUGUACCCUGCGAUUGAAUGGUAAUCAGUACGUUUGAACUGGGAGCGCUGGCAGCAAAUGAACUAGCCUCUCAGUUCAAAUGGAUUGGACGUCUGCUACUGACAAACAGAUUUAAACUUUCAAAUUAGUUUAAGAGCCAUGUGAUUGGAUGUCUGUCAUCAAUGGCACUGAAAGAGUUAAAUUCACAGCAGAAGAAUGAAAAGAGCCUUAGCUCAUUGGAUUUCAUUGACAUGUACUCUUGAUAAACUAGUUAUAAACUCAUUUAAACUGCAUACUUUCCACUUUUUUCAAGGCAGUUAAACCUCAAUUCCAGUCAAAUUAUGAUUUCCAGUCACUGACAACUGCUAACUUGGCAGUUCUCAGUACAACCAGAUAUAAAACACAGUGGAAUGUUUUGGAGAUCACUUUGUGGUCAAGUGAUGAUCACUCACCAAAGCACGCCGUUUGUAUCAUAUGACACGUUCGUUAUAAUCCUUUUCACAGUUUAUUAUUUGUGUACAGUACAUGAGAUAACUCCAUUGUUUUUUUUUUGUUUUUUUUAAGGAUUCACGUUGUUUGUUGGGUCGAAAAUUAUGGAUGACCAUCUAGCCGAAAAUUCCAGUUAUUAGUAGUAGUAGGGCUGGGCGAUAUGGCCUGAAAAUAAAAUCUCAGAAUUUUUUUCACCCAAAAUCAGUUACAAUUUUUAACCCCCCCCCAACCCCCCCCACCCAACACACACUUCCCCUAGCUUUUUUGAAGGAGACUAUGAGAACAAAUGACAAAGUGCAAAACAAGUUUGACCUCUUUAUAGGGCACUUAUUGGCUGCCAUUGACAUUAACUUCAUUCGCCUCUACCAGUCCAAAUGGAUUGGACGUCAUUGUCAAUGGCAUGCGAUUUUUUAAAUCUUAAUACUAUAUAAAAAAAAUCUAGUGUUAUUGGAGGCAUACCCAGAGUGUUUUACAUUAACAGAGGGAAAUCUGUGCUUCCCUGCUGAAGCUGCUGCCCCCAUGAUCCCACCUCAAAUAAGCGGGAGAAAAUGAAUGGAUGGAUAGUACUUUUUAACUUCUGUUUAGUUAGAUAUAUAAACCAUGGAUUAAUAUUCAAAAUAAAAACAUGAUUAUAAUGAAAAUCUGGCAUCCACGAGUUAAUUUUUAAGCAAAAGUCCAGAACGUCUUGAGUUGUCCGAUAUUUUUUAAAAAACUAAUAUCCUGAUAUUGUCCAACUCCAAAAACAUGAUAGUGACACUGAGAUAUGCAGUUGUGGACUUAACAUAUUAUGGCUAAUUGUAUUGUGAUUCCCCACUGGAUGCUUUAAUAAUAAUACCUCACAACUCCUAAGCAUCUUAGUUUAAAGACAUCUAAUGGUCAAUAAGCAUUAACUGCUGUGCUAAACUAUGACCAGCCCUUGUACAAAGGCAGAAGGCUUCACUUUGAAGGCAACAUGCAUUUUGGCCCAAAACCCCCCGUUGGUGCUGUCAGCUCCCAAAUACAAAGUAAUAACCAUACAAAGAAAAAAAAUUCUCAUGGAAUAAUCUACUGAAUAAUUUGGUGCUGGAUUUCUUUUUUUUUAAAUUUUUUUUAGGGGUCUGGUUAUUCGCAAAAAAAAAAAAAAAAAAUCAAAUCCUAAAAUCAAUUUAUC